CCGCAGCGCGAGGAGAGGAAGAAGGAAGUCAUCCUUGACCUCGCCAAAUUCGUUGACAAGAGGAUCAGGGUCAAGUUCCAAGGAGGGAGAGAGGUUCAAGGCAUUCUGAAAGGCUACGACCAGCUCAUGAACCUAGUGAUGGACGACGUGACUGAGUACCUCGCUCCAGUCGACGAGGACUCAUCAACAGCUGGAGGAGAGAGGAAGACGCGUCAAUUGGGUCUGGCAGUACUGAGGGGCACGGCGUUGACUAUUAUCAGUCCGGCGGAUGGGUUUGAGCAGAUUGCC